AUGUUUCAAUUACGCUGUUUCUCAGUUUCGGCGUUCUUUAGGUACUCCAAGGCGGGAAAGAAAACAACAUCUAGCAGCAAAAAAGUAGCAACGUCUGCCGGCAAGAAAGCAAAAACGUCGUCCAUUGUAGUCGAGAAACCAUCACCAUCUAGUCCCGUCGGGGAGAAUAAAAAAAAGUCCGCAAAUCACCCACUACUAAAACCUUUUUUUGCAACCUUUCCGAACUUCGUCCGCGACACGGAAAAAUCACCCGAAACAGACUUCCGUCGCCUCCAAAAAGCAGAGAAGUGGGAAGAGUCAAGUGAUGAAUACAAGACGGCUCGGAGAACAUUCCUCAAGACACUUGUAGACGAAACAAAGUCUCCUGUUCACAAAUAUUUCUUUAAGCGCCAUAAAGAUUUCAUUGGAUACGAUAGCGAGGGCUCACCGAUAUACCAACUUGAUAGGUUGAGGGCGUUGAAGAACUGGAAUAAGAAAGACACUCUGGCGGCUUUCCAUACGUUUCAGCAAUCUUUCAAACUGGAGUUCAAGGGGAAGGUAGAUCUAUUCUUUGCGAAAUAUCCGGACUUUCCCUAUAACCCUAGGGGAAAUCCAAUGGCAGAAUUCAGACGCUUGGGAGAACAGAAGGGCUGGGAUCUCGAAGAUAUUAACUGUUUUGGCUACGGGAUUGAGAAGAAAAGCACUGCUGAGCUCAGGCUCGAAUCUAAAGCAGCACAUACCAAGUUCUUGUUUUCAUUUAGAGACGAGUUUGAAACGAUGUUUGGCGCCGACGAUGAGGAUGUCGGAACAUGGCAAAAUCUCUGUGUGUUGUUGGGAGUGGACCCCAUCCCGGAAAGCAUAUUUGUGUGUCGAAGGGUGAGUACAUAA